GAAGAGAUAUGAAGACAAACACCGGACAGAAGGAGAAGGAGAGGGACGGGAGCACCACCAAAAGACCGGGAGCACAAGUCCAGCCACCGUGCCUUUUGAAGAAGCAAGAUGGAGCUUUUCCAUAUGGGGAGCUUCAUCACCUGCUUCCUCUUCGCAUGCUCAGAUGCAGCCUCCAUGUUUGGAAAAAUCCUCUCCCCAAAUUAUCCUCAGGCCUAUCCCAACGAUGUUCUGGAAUCCUGGGAAAUCAACGUCCCCCCUGGCUACGGCAUCCGCCUCUACUUCACCCACCUGGACAUAGAGCCUUCUCAAAACUGCGAGUAUGACUCCGUGAAGGUCCUGACUGGGGAUCACCUUGAAGAACAGCUGUGUGGGCGGAGGAAGGAUGACAUUCCCACCUCACGAAUCCUGAAGGAAUUCUAUGUGCCCCACAAUACCUUGACAGUGACUUUUCAGUCGGACUUCUCCAAUGAAGAGCGAUUCACUGGCUUUGCGGCUUAUUACGUCGCCGUGGAUGUGAACGAGUGCACGGAGUUUGUGGAGAAGGUCUGCAGCCAUUACUGCAAUAACUACAUUGGGGGAUACUUUUGUUCUUGCCCCCCAGCGUAUAUGUUACAUGAAGACCGGAAGACAUGUGGAGUGAACUGCAGUGGGAAUGUGUUCACUGAGCCAACCGGAGAAAUCACCAGCCCCAACUACCCCAGCCCGUAUCCCGAGAAUUCACACUGUGAUUACCGUGUGGUGUUGGAACCUGGAUACCGUGUGGUCCUGACCAUCAAGAACAAGGAUUUUGACAUAGAGCCUGCCGACUCGGAAGGAAACUGCCCCGAUGCCUUAACAGUCUUGGCAGGAGAUCAACGUUUCGGUCCCUUCUGCGGCAAUAAAUUCACGGGCCCUUCGGAAAUCAAGUCACCAAACCAUAUCCUCGACGUCGAUUUCCGUACUGACGAAUCCACACAAGGCAAAGGCUGGAAAGUCCGCUACUUUGGAGACCCCAUACCCUGUCCACAGUAUGUUACCGAAAACUCUGUUCUGGACCCCAAAAGAGAGCGCUAUGUCUUCAAGGAUUCCGUGAAGGUGACCUGCAUAGAAGGCUACGAGAUUGUGACACAACAAAACAGCUUCACGUCCUUCUACUCGAGCUGUCAAAGUAACGGAGAGUGGAGGGAUUCGCACCUCAAAUGUGAACCUGUAGAAUGUGGGGUGCCUGAUGACGUUGAGAAUGCAGAUGUCCAUUACAUAACAGGACCUGACAAGACUCAGUAUCAAGCCGAAAUCCGCUAUGACUGCCAUACAUAUUACGCACCGAAGAACAACGGAAACAGGAUUUAUCGGUGUUCUGCCGCAGGGCAAUGGGUGGAUGAAAACCAGAAAACAGAACUUCCCGUCUGCAUCCCAGUCUGUGGAGUCCCUCGUAACCCCAUCCAAAAUACCGGAAGGAUUUUCGGAGGCACAAGGGCUGAGCAUGGAAACUUCCCUUGGCAGAUCCUCUUUGCCAACCCACGAGCUGGCGGGGCUCUCAUUUCCGACCGCUGGGUACUCACAGCUGCUCACGUGCUGGACGAAAACUGGAACCCAACCAUGUAUGCUGGGCUGCUCACAGUUGGCCCACAGACCAUGCAGACUGCCAAGCCACUAGUUGUGGACGAGGUGUUUGUUCACCCCGGCUGGAAAGCAGCUUGGAGCAUCCCGGACAGCCGGACAGACUUUGAUAAUGACAUUGCUCUGGUGAGGCUGAAGAGACCUGUGAAAAUGGGUCCCACCGUCUCUACCAUCUGCUUGCCUGGUGCAUCCCCAGAAUAUGACCCCCCAGAGAGGACACUGGGCUACAUAACUGGGUGGGGCAGGACAGAAGACAGAUCGAGGAGUGUCGUACUCAGGAAAGCCUGGAUCCCAGUGGUGAACAUGGAGCAGUGCCGAAGAGUAAAGCCCGAAUCUCCUCUGGACCUCUCAACCUACAGAUUCACAGACAAUAUGAUUUGUGCCGGGGAUGGCCAAAGUGACAGCUGUUCCGGGGACAGCGGUGGGGCCUAUGCCAUUGUUGACCCCCGUGAGGAGACACGCUAUUACGUCGCUGGCCUAGUUUCCUGGGGACCAAAAUGUGGCACUUACGCGCUUUACACCAAGGUGGCCAACUAUGUAGAGUGGAUCGCAGAGGUCAUGAGCCGGCAGCCGGCAGAAGAAGAAGACAAAUAGCCCCAGGCCAUGUCGGGGCACCGUCUCAGUCUCCCACGGCACCCCACUGACUCAUUUGGCACUGAGUUUGGUCUAUAGGGCUAACGCAAGAGAAGAAAGUUUGGAGCCCAGGUCCACAGCAUUGCAAACGGCCUCAUGUUGCCCGCUAUCUUCCGUCAGCUCCUAAGAGCUUCCUGGUUUCUUCUUAAAGCCCCUUUCAGCUUAUUUCCUUGUAGCUGCUUCUUUUAUUUUCUGUCUCUGGAAGCUCCCAUCUAUCACCUGCAUGACUUCCUGAGAAAAAGAUCAUUAAUUCAAUUCUCAGUGUUACACGCUCAAGUGACCUCUUCCAACGAUACAGUACAAUAAUUAAAACAGAUUGCUUAUAGUA